CGGGCCUAUAAAUUCCAUUAUCUCCCUGACAUCCUUUUGCCACUCCUCUUGUCGCUUCCUUCCAAGGUUACAGGUGAGUGAAGGUGGACGGAAACCAGGGGAGAUGAUGACUGCCCGCGGCUGCCUCCUCAGAUCCAAGGCUGAGAGCUUAGUGAAAUAUGUAGCCAGCGCUGGAAGCUGGCAUGGGCUGCAUAGUUUUUCAGAGGCAUCAGCCAGGGGUUUCAGCUCUGAGCCGUCUCUUCAGGCCGACUCGACGGAAGAAAUCGGGUUCAAGGGGCAUGGCAUGCUGGCUCCAUUUACAGCUGGAUGGCAGAGCACCGAUGUGCAUCCCCUGGUUAUCGAUAGAUCUGAGGGUGCAUAUGUCUAUGAUAUCAAUGGGAAAAAGUAUAUAGAUGCUCUUGCAGGACUCUGGUGUACUGCUUUAGGUAUGUGCACCGCACGAUCCGUGGAGCCAGAUUUUACUACAUACCAGAAAAUUGUUGCAUUAUUUAGUUGAUGCUAGUUGUAUCAC